AUGGAUCAAGAGAUACAGAUUUUAGAAUGGUGGAAAAAGGAGCGGCGUUGCUUGGAAAGAAUGGUAGGCUCGAGGAGAGAGCUGAGGUGGGCAGAUCUUGGAGAAACGACUUCGACACCAAGACUGCAGAGAUCGUCAACACGUCGAAUACAAAUUUGCUUGGAGACAAUCAACUUUCAUGAGAAAACGAGAGAGGAAAUGAAACGAACCAAACCGGUGCCUAGCUCAAAGUUACACGAUCCGUUCGAUAUAGCCCUACUCGCAUCAAGGAGGAGACAUGUGCAACAGUUCCAGCUCGAUUUUACCUAUCAAUUACCCCUUCAGCACUCCAUUAUUGACCUGCCUUUGUUCAGUAACCAUGGGAAAGACCUGGGUGGGGCAUUACGGCAAGGAAGGUUUGCAGUUGGGCGCUUAGAUAGUGCUAAGUGGACAUAA